CGCUGUCACAUGACGCAGAUCUGCGGAAGCUCCGCUCGAACUCGUCGUCGUCGCUGUUUUCUUGUCAAAAGCCGCAGGUUCGCGUUAAUAUGGCGCUUUUAGAAGCAUGGAAGUAGCGCUGACGGUUUUCUGGACGUGUGAGCUCGCGGGAUGAGCUGAAGGUGAAGAAGAUGGAGGAGAAAGCGUUAGAGGUUUACGAUGUAAUUCGGUCGAUUCGCGACCCGGAGAAGCCCAACACCCUGGAGGAGCUGGAGGUGGUGACGGAGAACUGUGUGGAGGUCCAGGAGCUCGGAGAAGACGAGUACCUGAUCAUUAUCAAGUUUUCCCCAACCGUCCCUCACUGCUCUCUGGCGACGCUGAUCGGUCUGUGUUUACAGGUGAAGCUGCAGAGGUGUUUGCCUUUUAAACACAAGCUGGAAAUUUACAUUUCUGAAGGAACUCAUUCAACUGAGGAAGACAUCAACAAACAGAUCAACGAUAAGGAGCGAGUGGCCGCCGCCAUGGAGAACCCCAACCUGAGAGAGAUCGUGGAGCAGUGUGUCACCGAACCCGACGACUGACACCAGCCGCAGCGCGACUCCACAGGGAAAGGAAAAUGUGUGUCCCCUGCGUGUCCCCCGCGUGUCCCCCGCGUCUUCACCUGUGUCGUGUGCAGAGAAGACAAAACACAAACACUGCGAGACGGUUUCUGACGUCCUGUGGGGACCGUUUUCACCGCUUUGAGCUCUAACAGGAUUCUUUUUACUGGAGUCGAGUUUUUCUAACUCAAAUCACUGAGAGGACAUAUUUUUUUAUUUUACAUAAUGUUUUAAUAAAGAACUGUGAUUUUCCCUAAAA